AUGGCCAGAAAGAAGAGAGGCGGUGGCGGUGGCGGUGGCGGAGGCGGUGGUGGCGGUGGCGGUGAGGACAAUAAGAAUGAGGAGGAGCAGAAGAAAAUCAACGGCGACGGAGGAGGUGAUGAGGAAAAGAAGAAUAGCAACGGCGAUGAAGGAGGAGAAGGUGAUGGCGGUGGCGGUGGUGAGGAAAAGAGCAAUGUUCAGCAGAACAAAACGAAAGGAGACGGAGGAGGAGGAAAGAAAGAGGACGGUACUUUGAUUCUCAAAAUCGAUUUACACUGCGUCGGUUGUAUUACAAAGUGCAAGAAGGUUCUCGGAGGUUUGGAUGGCGUAGUAUCGGUGAAAGCUGAUUUGGAAUCGAACAAGUUAACUGUCAUCGGAAAAGUGAAUCCGGCGAAGGCUAAAGUGAUUCUCGAACAGAAGACAAAGAAGAAGGUGGAAAUCAUUUCUCCGGUGCCGAAGAAGGAGAAGGACGGCGGCGCCGGCGCCGGAGGAGAGAAGACGGAGAAAAAGGAAGAUGAGAAGAAAUCGAAAGAGCCUCAAUUGAAAACGGCGGUUCUUAAACUCCGCCUUCACUGUGAAGGAUGCAUUCAGAAGAUCUACAAAACGAUUACCAAAACUCAAGGUUAUCAUGAGGUUAAAUUUGACAGAGAGAAGGAAUUGGUGAGUGUUACAGGCACAAUGGACAUGAAAAUGUUGGCUGAUUCACUUAAAGAAAAGUUGAAGAGGAAUGUGGAGGUGGUCCCCCCCAAGAAAGAAGGCGGCGGCGGCGGUGGUGGUGGCGAAAAGAAAGAAAAAGGCGGCGGCGAUGGCGGUGGUGGCGAUGGUGGUGGUGGUGGUGAGAAAGGGAAAGAGAAAGGAAAGGGUAAUAAUGGUGGUGGUGGUGGUAAAGCAGAGGAACAGCAGGUUCAGUUUUAUCCAGACAAUUACGGGUAUGGGUAUGGUUAUGGGUACCCAGUUCCACCGGUAUAUGGAUACCCAACAAGGUAUGCUGCUGCUGCAGCACAAGCAAGUCAUCCAGGAUCCGGAUGGGGGUACCAUAACCCACCCGGAUUUGCAUUUAGUGAGGAAAACCCAAAUGCUUGCUCUAUAAUGUGAUGCUGAUGAUGAUGAAAUGAGAUUUUUGAGGGUUUGUAAAUAACUGAGGCAAAACAAAAUAGCAAGAUAUCAAUAGUGGUGGUGGCCUUAAUAGUAUGUUCUAGAACCUACCUACCUACCAAGAAUCUGUUUAUUAAUUUUGAUGGGCAUGCACUUGACUUGUUAAUUUGAAUUGAAUUGAUCAAUUUUCACUGAUUUAAGAAUUGGUGGUAGCUUAAAUAAAG